GCGGAUCUCGCCCAUUUGAAGACUGGCGCCCGAGCUGCGAAGACGUGACAGGACUGCAAUUAAGUCUAAGGAAUGGGUUUCAGAAUUGUGCUCUUAGCUGCCACCGGUCUGGGAGCCAUGUACAUGAUGCAUCUGCUCGCCCAGGAUUGGGUGAAGAUCCGACCCAUUCGCGGAAUAACCCAACUAGCCGGAAUGGCCGCUCAGCCGAUCCAACAGGUUAUUGCACCCAUCCAACAGGCCAGCGGGGCGCUAAAUUUAUUCCGGAGCAGGAGAGAGGCCAGCCUGAAUCACGAACUCGGUUGGGUGCGAAGGACCCAAGAUUCGGGUGGAGGCAAUGGUGCCAGAGGUGGCCGAGGUGGAGGCGCGGACCAUAGGCCACCACCUGCCGUCGAUUGGAAGAGGAUCCUGUCGAGAGAUCCCUUCGAGUGCCUGCAAUCCUUGAUAUGCCAACUGAUGUCCGGAGCGGAAGCGAAAGUUCCGGAGGCAGAGCUGCUCAUGGAUUAUCUGGAGUCAUCGCUGGAGCUGGCUCCGGCCAAGAUUGGUCGCGCCUUCAGUCGAGGAUUGGCCUUGAGAGGCAGCACGGAGCUGUGCUACAACGAAUAUCCAUUUUGCCUCUACUCCGCCAAGACGAUGUUGCGCAUCCUGCGUUGGUUCAGUGAAUCGGGUGAAUCGCUGCCCGUGGAUAAUGUGGCCUAGUUCAAAUCCAGUCUAGCUUCAGUUUACCCAAGAGAGAGUUGAAAGAGAAAGUGAAAAUGUGAAACUAUGUUAUAUGAUGUUAAUAGAAUAUCAAUAAUAAAGGAUAGGAUAUGAUGCAUCAUCUUUUAUUAUAAA